UCUUGAUGAAACUUAAACACUCUCACAACUUUCUACAUGUGUCAAAUACAAGCUUUCUUCACCUCCCAUCUGCUCCUCUAUUUACUCACAAGCCAAAACUUGGCGAUCUCUAAACACAAAUUCUUCUCCUUCUAUUCCUCUUUCUCAUCCACAUGUCAGUCACUGUCUAUCAUCUCUACACCUUCACUCAGUUAUAUCAUUUUCUUACAUAAAAACUAAACCCUACUCACCAUUUGAGUUCCCAAAACAAGUCAUGGGUUGCUCACCAAUCUUGAUCAGUUUGUCUAUUCUGUCAUGUUCUGCCUUAAUCUUGGCAGGUGAUUUCAGAAAAGAUAUUGACAUUGUAUGGGGAAGCGACAAAGCAAAGAUACUCGAAUACGGUCAAGCCAUUACAUUGUCUCUUGACAAAGCUUCUGGCUCUGGUUUUGAAUCCAAGGCUCAGUUCUUGUUUGGUAAGGUCUCUAUGGAGCUCAAACUUGUCACUGGAAACUCAGCUGGUACUGUCACAUCUUACUAUCUUGCGUCUAAAGGAACGAUGUGGGAUGAGAUAGACUUCGAAUUUUUGGGGAAUCUAAGUGGUGAUCCUUAUACAGUCCACACAAAUGUCAUCACACAAGGAAAAGGUGAUAGAGAACAACAGUUUCGUCUCUGGUUCGAUCCCACCGUUGAUUUUCACACUUACUCCAUCCUCUGGAACCCUAAGACCAUAGUAUUCUAUGUGGAUGGUACACCGAUAAGAGAAUUCAAGAAAAUGAACACGAAGAACGUAGCUUAUCCUGAGAAACAAGCAAUGAGAGUCCAUUCCAGCUUAUGGAACGGAGAUGACUGGGCCACGAGAGGAGGGCUCGUGAAGACUGACUGGUCCAAAGCGCCUUUCACGGCUUAUUACAGGAACUUUGAGGUUCAAGACUGUGAUUGGUCGGCCCCUGGCUCUAAUGCAUCUUGCGGUGGUGGUGGUCCAAACUCAUGGCUCAAUGAAGGGAUCGAUGAAAAUAGCAGGAAGAGGCUCAAGUGGGUCGAAAGCAACUUCAUCAUCUAUAACUAUUGCAAUGACGCUAAAAGAUUUCGUCUAGGGUUGCCUACCGAAUGUGUUGUUAUGAAUUAAGAGUACAAAAAAUAUAACAAAUAUGAAAAAGUAUUAUAAA